UUUCUCGGGCACAACACGCAUCAAUAACUGUUCCGUCCGACAUCAAACCGUUUGACCUCACGCGUCGCGGAUGCACCGAACGCGACUGCUGCUGCUCCGUCGCUCACCUUUCUCUCGCGGACAUCGUCGAUGUUUGGCCACGGUAUCCCACUCGCGUCCGGCGUCUAUCGAAGUUCUCGGGAAAGACUAUGCGACGGACGAGGUGACUAAUGUGACGCCCGCCAUCCUGGCCAAGCUGCCCCGGCGCCUACAUAUGUGCCCGGGACACCCUAUACACACUCUGCGCACACUGAUCGAGUCAAACUUUGCUUCUUUCUCGCACCUGUCCUCGCUGUCGCCUCUUGUCACUCCAUUCCAAAACUUCGACGAGCUGUCCUUCCCACUCGACCAUCCCGGCCGUUCGGUGACCGAUAGCUACUACAUCAACAAAAACCUCAUGUUAAGGACGCACACAUCUGCGCACGAAGUGGAGGUGUUCCGGCGUGGAGAAGACAAGUGGCUUCUCACUGCCGACGUGUACAGACGUGACGAGAUCGACAAUUCGCAUUACCCUGUUUUCCACCAGAUGGAGGGCGCUCGAAUCUUCACGGCCGACGCGAGUGGAAAGAAAGAGGUCGAGGAGGAUAAUGAAAGGCUGCGUGAUCAGCUGGCGCGCGCCAACAUUGUCAUCGAGGACGUUCCCCAUAUAUCAACGACGAACCCUUGUCAGCCUGUGCACGACCCCGUUUUCUCUGAGCUGCUGGCCCAGAACCUGAAACUGUCUCUGAACACACUGAUGCUGGCUCUGUUUGGGGGUCCUGGGACUGGUGCUGCCACAGCGGAAGCGCCAUUACGCGUCAGGUGGAUCGAAGCCUACUUUCCGUUCACCAGCCCGAGCUUUGAGGUCGAGGUAUUUUUCCGAGGGAAGUGGCUUGAAAUCCUAGGCUCUGGAGUUGUGCGACAAGCGACACUGGACACAUCGAACGUCCAUAACAAGGUCGGCUGGGCCUUUGGGCUCGGAUUGGAACGCAUUGCUAUGAUCCUCUACUCGAUUCCGGAUAUACGAUUGUUCUGGUCCACCGACGAACGGUUCCUCGGACAAUUCACUGCAAACCAGAUCACCACGUUCCAGCCUUACUCCAAAUACCCUGCCUGUUCCAAAGACGUCAGUUUCUGGGUCCCUCCGACCUUGAGAUUGCACGAAAAUGACUUCUGUGACGUCGUUCGAGAUGUGGCGGGCGAUCUCGUCGAGGAUGUGAAAAACAUCGACUCUUUCGUCCAUCCCAAGACGAACCGCCAGAGUCUCUGCUUCAGAAUCAAUUAUCGUUCAAUGGAUAGGUCUUUGUCAAACGAGGAGGCAAACGAGAUACAACUCCAAGUCAUCUCACGAUUAAAAGACCAGUUCGGAGUUGAGAUUCGUUGAUUAGUCGUCGCGCAUUACAAUAAUUCUAUAACAUCCCCCCUGCUAUCAUGUGGCAUCCUGAGCCACUCCCACUUGUGCUGCUCUUAGCACCCGAUCGCGUAUCGUAUAUCCCGUCUUCUGGCAGUCUAUCACGGUCCCUGGCGUUUUUCCCGGUAUCGGUGCCUGGUAAAGUGCUUCGUGACGAUUAGGGUCGAAAGCAUCACCGGUGGGAUCGAAGGGUUUGACGUGGUAUUUGAAGAGGGUCUGCAGCAGCUGCCGCUGUGUUAUCUCCACCCCAGUGUGGAGUUCACGGAGAUAUUCCACAGAAGUUUUUGAGUUGGGAGUAGAGGAAGGCUCGGACGCGCUUUCAGACGCAGCUGCGUCGGGGGCCUCAAGUGCGGAUGAGGGUAUGGAUUUCAGGGCAAGGGAGAGGACGUCGACGGUCUCAAGCAGGUCGGACGCAAAGUUGGUGAUGGCAAAGUCUUUGGUCUUUUCCCGCUCUCGUGCCGAAUUACGCUGGAGGUUCAAGAAGUCCGCUUGCAAGUAUCUGAGCCGGCUCUGCUCGAACAUUACAGCGACGUGUACAACAAUGACAAGGAGAACGCGCACCAACAAGUCUGCAGCCUCUGCUUCAGCCUUCUUGAGAGCUGCUUCGGUAGCCGUCUCUGCGGAAGCGGCGUCUGCUGAGCCUUCUGCCUCCUCCUUCGGCUGCUCCUGCGUUGGCUCGGAAGACCCUGACUUUGCGUCGGAGUACUGACGAACGAAGGUGGCGGAUCUCGAGCAGUGAGAACGAAGCCCAGAUGGCAACAACGAAGUUGUCCGGGAACGACAAACUGCCAGCGUCGAGAACAUGGUGGGUCAGUGAGC